AUGCCGGUGGGGAACGCUCGCACAUUCAGUCGAAUGGAAUCCGUGCUACCAGCGCCGCCGCAGCCACCGACGCCAGCGUUCAGUCAGCGGAGCUCGAUACCCCCAAGUCGUCCGGAUACUCCACGGCCUCCUUUAGACUCGACGCCUUCAACUCCGUACGCGGCGGAUGUGCUUCAAGAUUACGUUCAACAGAGCAUAGAGCCCGCACUGCUGCCUUCAACCCAGGAGCAUAUCCGACAGAGCGUCGAGCCCGAAAUGCCGCCACCGGACUGGGCGCGUGAGUCGACGCCCGCAUAUGAAGAUCGCUCAUUCACACCAUCUCCAAUCUCGCGACGGGAUGUAGACAUCGAGAUGAGAGACGCCUCCCAGACAUUGUUGCCAGGCGACCUAGGCCGAGAGCUCUCGCUACCGCCACCGACUUCUCAGCCAGACCCAUCUAUCGGUGACCAUGCGGCCGUGUCCCCCGUGAGAUUCGUCGCUCCUCCUCCGAUCCCAGAUGCCGGGUCCGCGAUAAAGCAGCCUAAACGGGGCGAGCGGCGGAAAUCCGCCGUGCACGGCUCGAAAGUCGAGAAGCGCUCGGCAACGGGCUCAACGGCGAAACCGAAGAGUCGAAAUGUGACCAGAAAGCCGACGGCCUCGGUGGGUAAGUUGGUGGACAAGGCCAAGAAGAGAACCAAAGAAGCUGCCGCCGAGAUUGUGGAGGGAGGAGAAGGACUCGGUCAAAGCUUCGGCAAUGGGCCGCAGCUGCCUACUACGACGGCAGCAAAGCUGGGAGGCAAGGUUGCUGCUGCGGUGGAAAAGAUCGAGCGACAGGUCAAACAGCAAGACGAGGAGAAGACCUUGAAGCAGAAGGACGGAACAGCGGUACGGAGAAGUCAGCGGGCGAACAAGGGAGUUCGGACUUCAUUGGGAUAUACUUGA